CGUACUCGUACUACUUCCGGGUCAGUGUGCUCUCCGGCAUGGUUGUGAGGUUGUGGGAUUUGUCGAGUGAAAAUAACAUGUGCUACUAAAAGUGGGAGACAAGAUGAGUUCUCAGAAAGGAAACGUGUCUCGUUCUCGAGGCCAGAAGCAUCAAAACUCAACUGCCUACAAAAACAACAAGUACGGAGCGACCACACAAGUCAAGGUGGCAAACUCAAAGAUCCACGAUGGCCUGUGUCAACACUGUAAAGGUGUUCUCGAAUGGAAAGUCAAGUACAACAAAUACAAGUCACUGACACAGCCCCGGAAAUGUGUCAAAUGCUCUCAGAAGACUGUGAAGGAUGCAUACCACGUCCUUUGUAAGCCCUGUUCUCUUCAGCACGAGAUCUGCUGCAAGUGUGGGAAGAAGGAGGAGAUUGUUGUUCCGAUAAACUCACACCUGGACAACACAGAGCCAGAAGAAGAUGGUGAACAGACAAAGAAAGGACGUGAACGAGGGAAGAAGGACAUGGACAGCGAUGAUGAUGAUUUUGAUGAUGACUUUGGUGACCUUGACGAUAAGGAUGAUGAAGAUUUUGACAGUGACUCAAGUCGAAAGAAAACACAGAACGUGUCUGCUGCGCUGCCAGAUGUUUCCAGAGUCAGCUUUAAAGAAUAAAAACUAGGAGGGUUCCACAUGGACUUUUUAACACCAAAAUAGUUUUGUAAUUAUAGGACAGUCUGAAGUUUGGGACAACACUCAAAUUAACUGAUGCAAGUAAACUACUUUUGCUAUUUUUAAAUUGAGUACCAUCGUCUGUGUUCGUUUAGCUUUGGAUUUCUGGUUAUAAGUGCAAAUGAAAAGUUGGUUAAAUAUUCAUUUUGGAUACCAACAGCAUCCAAUAAGUAGCCAGCUCAGCUAAAAGGGCAGCUUGCCGUGAUUGAUAAGAAGUGAUACCACUGCCUUCUCGUUAACCAGCACUGGCUAAUUGUUAGUCAGAUCAAUCUCUGGCUCUGGAGAGGAUACCCUCAUCCGAUCUCUGUCGUCUUCAAUCUCUCCUUUAUUCUGCACAAUAUUAUAGUAGUGAUGAGUUUCCAGGUUUGGGUCGGUCCGCCUUUAUCAGAGCCCAUACACCUAGAAGAAGAAAGGAGCAAAUGUCAAGAAAUAAAAUAAAUCAAUUAACAAGC